CAGCAUGCUUCGCUGUCAUCAACAAUAAAUCAGCUGACUCUUUAAUGAGAUUUGGAAUGGGUCUCACAAAAGGGCGAAAUAAUUUGAAGUUGAAAGAACUGGAUGUGACGAAUAGUCAGAGGGUGGGAUAACAGCACAGGAGACCUGGGGAAGAAUAGUCAUUUGUCCACACACACACACACACACACACACGACAAAAACAUCGUGCGCCUAAGAAUGGUUACAGUAGACAAUGGCGCAGAAGUGAAGCUUUUGUAUCACUGAUUGUAUCACUCUCUAGUAAAAUUCUGCACGGAGCUGGGCUUGUCUGCCGCACUAUAGCGUUGUUGUUAAUGUGAUAAAUGCGCGCGAGUCUCUCCUGGAGCGGUAAGUGGAUGCAUUUUAAUAAUUUGAUUGGCUUCAACGGAAAUAUUGAUCUCAUACGAUUUUACUAAAUUUGUUUAAUGAACAAAGUUAGACCAGAUCUAUUAGACUACCACAAAUAAGCAGCUAUGACGUUUUGAACCACACAUGGUUAAAAAAAAGGUUAAUUUAGGUUACAUAACUUGACUGCAUGGCACUCAAUAAGUUUAUGGAAAUUGAAACACAUGACUGUAAGUAGAUGUAGGCUAGCUUGUUUGAAAAUAGUGUUAUGCUGUUGGCUUUAAUAUACUUGAAGAUGACUGACUCUGGAGCUGCCAGAAAAAUGACAAGAGCUAAGUUGGUGGUUCUUGGACGUGACAACUGCGGAAAGACGGCACUGUGUGUCAGAUUCAUCACCAAGCGGUUCAUUGGAGAAUACGACCAUAAAAAGGAGGUGACAUAUGGAUGCCGGAAAGUAGUUGACAAAGAAGCUAUUGAUCUAGAAAUACUAGAUACAGUAAACAAGUUUUUUUCCUAUCCAUUGUGGGAGUGUGUGGGUCCAGCUGCAAACUCUUUGGAGAGCUCCAUCAAAUGGGGAGAUGGAUUCCUUAUCAUGUACUCUGUCACAGACCGCAGCAGCUUUGAGUCAGUCUCACGUCUGAAGAGGCUCAUAGACCAUGGGAAACAGACUCUGGGAAUCCCCACUGUGAUUGUUGCUAACAAGUGUGACAUAGAAAAUGGACGAGUAGUACGGACAGAAGAAGGACAGGCUUUGGCCGCUGAUCUAAGAUGCAGCUUCUUUGAGUUGUCUGUGGCAGAGAGCGCCGUCGCUGUGGAGACGGCCGUGUGGCAGCUGAUUCGAGAGGUUCGUGUGGAGUUCAACAAACACCUACUUGCCAUGGAUAAACGUUCACGUAUGCUACAGAUGAGGCAUGCACUCAAGAAUAAGCUCACACGCAGCAAGACCAUGCAGUGGUGACCUCAGGAGACACAAGAUGAAGACAUUUCACGUUUUGUCUGAGAGGAACCGCAUAGAAAGAGGGAAUGGGGAAUAUUGCUGCGGAUUGCUGAGAAGGCCUCCUUCUCUCUGGAGAGCGGUUCAGUUUUCAGGCGGCAUUACUGACAGACGUCUCGGAGACUGUGUGGGUGCAGCUAAACCAUUAUUAAGUGCAUCUUUAAAAAUAUCCAACUGCAACAUAAGAAUACUCCAGCUGCUCUGUUACCUGAAUGUAAGGGGUUGGCAGAGCAGCUGCUUUCAAAAUAUAUAAUUUUCUACUCAAAAUAAAUUAACAGUAAUCCUACUCAGUAUAUUUGUUGGAGUGGAGCAUCAUAGCUGUGACAUUGCUCAUGAUUUGAUCAUCAAUGACUGUGCCGUCUUUCCAUUUUGAAUUGCCGGUUAUCAAAUUACUAUACGGCAGUAUACUGUUCUCCCAUAUUGCUUUCAUCAGUUUUGUAUUAAGUUAUGAAUGAGUAGGUGUCAAUUAUAUAAACAUACAUUUAACUUGCAAUACAGCCUUUGAGCUGAAGUCUGUACAGAUUUGAAUUAUGAUAUGAUCUUUGUUCCAGUUAUUAUCUGAAAUUCAGGUCCAUAUUUCAAAUGAUGAGGAUGUUUGUCUUUAAAUCCUAGAAUAACAAUUCUAUGAUUACAGAACUUAAUUAAAUAUUACAAUUACAUAUUUCAAAAUGUAAUGUUUCCUUUAUUGCUAUAUAUUAUGUUAUUACUGCUAUUGUGCUUCAAAAACUAUAUUUUUCUGUGAUGAGUACAGUACGACCACAUUAGAUAUAAAACCAGUCCAUGUGAAAUGUGUGCAGAGGGUAGUCAAAUAAGAGCACAAAGUGUCACUUUGUCAUUUUAAUUGCAAAAAUGGUAAAAUAAAUAAAUACAAAUUGAUCAAA